AUGGAUGAUCAACCUACAAGACGACGAAUUCGAUGGGAUCGCGACGCAGUUGAUGGGGGCCUCACCAGUAUUCAAAUACUGCUUAUCUGGGUGACUGCUGAAGGCAACUAUGCCCAAUGGGUGGCUACGAUGAUGGACGGAGAGGAGCGUGAAAAUGUUUGCUUGGAGAUCCAGGCUUUCUUGCGGAUUCAAGGUCACAUCGAACGAGAACCCAGAGCUCCAACUCCUGCGAAGGUCUUACAUGUGCGCUCAUGA